GUUGCGUGGUCACGUGUUGAUGGGGUUGCCUUGGUAACGGCCAAAGAAACACAAACCUCGUGGUUUCAAAUAUGGCUGCUUCUCAAAAAGUAAACAUUACCUUCAGCGAUGAUUUAGAAGAGGAAGAAGACGGCGUGACCAUGCUUGAUGUGGUUUGGGGUCAACUAAGAGAGAAGGUCGUGCUGAAGCAGCUCAUUGUGAUUGCACGGUGUAAACAAGAUCUGGCUGAGAAAGAGGAGCUGGGAGCUCAUUAUGAGAACAUGAUUUUUCGGUUAAGCAAGCAACAUAAAUGGGAUCACAUAACCGGCCUUUUGUUGAUUUAUCCACUCUACAUGCUCCAUAUCAUUGAAGCACCCAGGGAUAUUCUGACAUUCAUUUUGAGAAACUUUAAAGUUGAAGAACAACAGCCAGAAGGAGCCUUGCUGGAAGCGAAGAUUGCCUUCGUGACACAGAAACUUCAAAGCAGACUGUUCCAGCAGUGGAGCUACAAGGUGGUUAAUGUGAGCCAGGCUAGAGGAGAUGCUGUGCAGGGGAAGGCUGAUGGUGAUAAAACAACAGAGAUCCUGGUCUGUGAUGUCUUAUCAUCACUGCAGAAGCUAGGUGCACAACUGGACUUACAGAAGAAGGUUCUUCCUGGAUCAGUGCUGGACAAGAACCCACAUCUGAUCGUUCCUCAGAGAGUUCUGGAGAAACUUUUGGGUCGAGAAGAACUCCUUACUCCAGAGCAGUACCUACUUAUGUACAACUCUCCAUUAAACAUCAAAAUUGAGUUUGGAGAAACCAUGUCAAGAUCCUUUCUUUCCACCAUCUGACAUGCUGGACAAAAAUAUGAUGGUUACAGAGCUGAUCUGGAGCUGAAAAUCUUCGAUUCUGAGGUUCCACCAAAGGCUGCUGCCACUUCAAUAAAUCUUUAAUAGAUACUUUACCAACUCCUAAAAUAUA